CAGGCGAGUCGGCAAGUCCGGUCCGGUUUUAUUUUUCUUCUUUCAGUCUCCCCUCUCGGCAUCGCGACACUUACCCUCUUCUUUCUCUCGAGGAAAAAAAUCGAUAUUUGAAAGAACCGUUGGAGGUGAGAAAUAUUUGCAGGGAUGGAAGAAAAGCCUCCUCGCUCUAAUCUCAAGCGCCAAUUCUUCGAAGACCAAGACUCCAACAAGCCUCCCGCGCAAAAGAGGGUUAGGUUCCCCAAGGGAAAGAAGGUAAAGCCUGGAGAAGAAGUACCGAACAGAGUUGAUAUCGAAGACGGUUCGGGUGACUUGAAGGAUCUUCAUCUUGCUGCUAAGGAGCGCUCCAAACGCCGCAGUCAAAUUACCACAGAGCUAUUUGCUGAAGAUGGACGGGGAAUGCUUAAUGAUGUCACGGGUGCUGAAGUUUCAUAUGAGGAUAAUGAGAACUUCAUUGAUGAUGGAGUUCAAAUAGAACCCUUCAAUCUUAACAAGGAAAGAGAAGAAGGAUACUUUGAUGCGGAAGGAAACUUUGUUGAAUAUGUUGCUGACAAGGAAAUCAAGGAUGCCUGGCUUGACAGUGUUGAAGCUGACAUAAAAUAUACAGGAAAAGCAUCUGUAACAACAAAUGGUGAAGAUAAUGAAGUUGCGGCACAAGAUCUUUCUUCCCAAGACAUUGGGAAAAUAAAGAGACGGAUUGCUGAUGUGCUUGAACCUGGAGAAACGGUUUUACAAGCUCUGAGAAGGUUGAAAGGAACAUCAAAUAACAGAAAGGAGAAAAUGCCAGCUGAGACAAAGCGUGUAUUUGAUCAACUAACUGAGGAUGCCAUUAAGUUAAUGGAGAAUGGUGAUUUCAAUGUGUACCAUGAGAAGCAAGAAGUUUUCCGGCGUGAGGCAGAGGGAUAUGAGAAGUUAGCUCUGGCCAGGGACAAAAGCUUAUCUGCUGAUGCAGCGCUGGACAGUUCUCAUCCCAACUUGGGAAGUGAUGUACUCACAGAUACAAAUUAUCUGGGAGUAACUUCCUCAGUACUUUCUGACUCGGCCAUGGGUACUUCAAAUUCAAAUAUAAUUGCUGCAGAAGCUUCAAGCAAUGCUGCCGACAGUUAUGAUAUGUUUGCAGACGAUGACGAUAAUGAAAAUAUUAAACCGUCAUCUGAGCCUAAUUCUUCCACUGACAUUCAAUCAUCAUCAGAAGCUGUCAACACUUUUUCUGAGACCGGAGGGGCCUAUAAUGAUUAUGUGUAUGAUGAGUCUUCGGGGUACUACUACAGUAGCACUUUGGGAUAUUAUUAUGAUCCAUCUACAGGACUAUAUUGCUCAGCAGCAUCAGGGCAAUGGUAUUCCUUUAAUGAAGCAACUGGAACAUAUGAUGAAGUCAAGGAGGCUGCGUCCACAUAAAUCGAUAGAAUUGCUGCUUCAGUGUAGGAUGUUGUACAGGCUACAAAGUCGGAGGUUUGAAAUUCUCAUGCUCCUCAUCUCUUAUUGGUUUGAGAUCAAACCUUUAACAGUUUGUAGUUAGAAUGAUGUGGAACUCUAAACUUAGCCUAGUUGGUGUGUGAAGUCUGUAGUUUCUUUUGUACUGUUUAUUUUAGCAAGUAAAGAUCACUUGGGACUUCAUUUGAAAUAGGUUUGAGCUGUUCAAAUUAAGGGGAAUUUACCUCUCCCU